UUUAUUUCCUGUUUUUGAGCUGUGACUGUAAAGGGCCUCAGCUAGUGGAGACAUGCAGGAAGCCUGCACAAGGUUUUGGAGAGGAUAUUUGAGUCGCUUUUUUGGAAUUCUCACUUUUGCUCCAUAACCAACUUGUAUUACCAAAGCUCACAGCAGCUGUGCUAAGCCAAGCUUUAUGAGAAAGCAGAGUACCCUUUUGGAGGGGGAUAUCGGUACUGAUUUUAUAUCCCUCUGUCAUUUUAUAGUCAAAAGAGGGAGAAAAGCCGUACAAAAGUCGCCGCGACAGGCCGAGCCGUCCUGCAUCAGCCGCGCUGCCUCCCGCCAUCUUUGCCCCCGGCCGCUGAGCGGCCCCGAGCAGCCCUUAACGGUCGGGGAGAGGAGGCGCGCGGCCGCCCCGCCUCCACCGCCGACGGUCGGUGGAGGCCUGAAGCACCGCCUCAGCGCUUCCGCGGCAGCGAGGCGUGCGGCAUCUUCUGUUGCGCUCCGGGCUCCCGCAGCGGCCAUGGGGUACGCCGCCGUGCUGCUGCUGCUGCUGAUGGCGGCGGAGGGGGCGGCCGCGGGCGGCCCGGAGGUGCACAGCCUGCGGGGCAGCUGGUGGCUGUGCAACGGGAACGGCUCGCUGUCGCUCCGAGGGGAGGUGCCGGGUUGCGUGCACACCGCCCUGCACCGCCGGGGCCUCAUCCAGGAUCCGUACAGUAGAUUUAAUGAUGUGAUGUACAGAUGGAUCUCACUGGAUAACUGGACUUACAGCAGGACAUUCAAAACUCCUUUUGACGUCAGAAAGUGGCAGAAAGUGAAUUUGGUUUUUGAGGGAGUAGAUACAGUAGCAGACAUCUUGCUCAACAACGUCACUCUUGGGAGAACAACCAACAUGUUCAACAGAUAUAGCUUUGAUAUUACCAGCACGAUCAAGGAGGUCAAUUUUAUUCAAGUCCAUUUCAUAUCGGCCAUUUCAUAUGCUGCAGAGCGGAGCAGCUGUCACAAAGCAUACAGUGUUCCCCCGGCGUGCCCUCCACCUGUGCAGAAAGGCGAGUGCCAUGCUAAUUUCAUCAGAAAGGAGCAGUGUUCAUUUAGUUGGGACUGGGGCCCUUCUUUUCCCACUCAAGGAAUCUGGAAAGAUGUGAGGAUCGAGGCCUAUAACCAUUAUCACUUGAUUUACUUUUCUUUAACUCCUUUCUUUGUGAGGAGAACUCAGCAGUGGAGUCUUGAAAUCGAAUCCAUCUUUAAUGUAGUCAGCUCCAAGCCAAUUGCAGGUCUUGCAACUGUGAACAUUCCCAAAUUGCAAACUCAGCAAACAUACAGUGUGAAGCUGCAGCCUGGAGAAGGCAGUAUUGUGCUGCUUGUAAACAUCAACAAGAACUCUACAGUAGAACCUUGGUGGCCAAAUGGACAUGGAAAACAAAUUGGAUACAAUGUGACAACAACUUUCAUCAUGGAAGCAGGAUACCAAAUUGAGAAAAUUUCAAAGGCCUAUUUUCGGACAGUAGAACUUGUUCAGGAGCCUAUUCCUGGGUCUCCAGGUCUGAGUUUCUACUUCAGAAUCAAUGGCCUACCUAUUUUCAUGAAGGGCUCAAAUUGGAUUCCAGCAGAUUCUUUCCAGGAUAGAGUGACCUAUAACACAUUAUGGCUACUCUUGAAGUCUGCAGCAGAUGCUAACAUGAAUGCACUUCGGAUUUGGGGAGGAGGAAUAUAUGAGCAAGAUGAUUUCUACGAUAUUUGCGAUGAACUAGGAAUAAUGAUUUGGCAGGACUUUAUGUUUGCAUGUGCACUGUAUCCAACAGACCAGGAUUACUUGGAAUCAGUAAGAGCAGAAGUUUCUCAUCAGGUAAGGCGGUUAAAAUCCCAUCCAUCAGUUGUUCUGUGGAGUGGUAACAAUGAAAAUGAAGCAGCAAUUGCAAGUAACUGGUUCUCCAUACCACAUGCUGACAGAGAAGUCUAUAUCAAAGAUUAUGUGAUACUUUAUGUGAAGAACAUCAGAGAAAUAGUUCUUGCUGAAGAUAAGAGUCGUCCUUUUGUUGUAUCCAGUCCUACCAACGGUUUGGAGUCAAUUAAAGAAGGCUGGCUCUCCGAGAAUCCUUAUGAUACGCAUUAUGGUGACACUCACUUCUAUGACUACAGCAGUGACUGCUGGAACUGGUCAGUGUAUCCUAAGACUCGUUUUGCUUCAGAAUAUGGAUUUCAAUCCUGGCCAUCUUUCAGUACGCUGGAAAAGGUUUCCUCCACUGAGGACUGGUCAUACACGAGCAAUUUUUCUCUCCAUCGACAGCACCAUGAAAAUGGCAAUGACCAGAUGCUUCAACAGAUUGGAUAUCAUUUCAAGCUUCCCCAGACCGCAGAUCCCAUUAAAAAGUUCAAAGAUAUGAUUUACCUCACUCAGGUGAUGCAGGCUCAGUGCGUAAAGACGGAAACUGAAUUCUAUCGUUCUAGUCGAAGUGAAAUAAUCAAGGGGGAAGGACACACAAUGGGCGCUCUGUAUUGGCAACUCAAUGACAUCUGGCAGGCACCUUCAUGGUCUUCCUUGGAGUAUGGUGGAAAGUGGAAACUGCUCCAUUAUUUUGCCCAAAACUUCUUUGCUCCACUGCUGCCUGUGGCCUAUGAAGGUAACGGUGUGUUGUACAUGUAUGGUAUCUCAGAUUUUCACACAGACCACAAGCUGACUCUGAAGCAGGUCAUUGUGAACUCAUGGAGUUCUCUGGAGCCAGUAUGCACUCUUGUCAAAGAUGGUGUGACCGUUAAAGCACAAAGUGCUGUUUCCAUCUACAAGGAGUCCAUAAAUGCCUUGCUGGAAAGAUGCAGAAAUUGUACCAGGAAAAGCUGUGUUGUUACUUUUUACCUUGUGGGAGAAGAUGGACUCCAGAGUCCAAUGAAUCAUCACUUCCUUUCAUCCCUGAAGGAUGCUGUAGGAUUGGAAAAGACGCAACUUAGUGCCACUGUAUCCCAACAAGAUGAUGUUUAUAUAUUUGAUCUUCAGACUACUGCAAUUGCUCCUUUUGUUACUCUGGAUGUAGGGAGUAUAAAAGGCAGGUUUAGUGAUAAUGGUUUCCUCAUGACGGAAAAGAAGAAAGUGGUUAUUUUUUAUCCUUGGGAGCCUACCAGUGUUGAAGAACUAGAAAAGUCAUUCACCCUGACAUCUUUGAUGGAGGUUGCCUGAUGAUUUUGUUCUAGACAACAAGACAGGGAGAGGAAAAACUCAGAAGAAUUUGACUGUAGUUGAGGUGACAUACGAGAUGAGAUGACUGAAUGUUUUGUUCUGUCUUGUGUGAAUUUUAACUGAUGGUUCAAUGUAAAGAUACCAACAACAAGGCUUGCUUAUAAUAUACAUGAUGCGUUGCAAGUAAGGCUUUCUCAGGUAAUUGGAGAAUUAACGUCUCACACAAAAUGGGAGGGGUUAGUUGGUGUAAGAGUCUUCCGAUUCAAGUAAAGAAAUUACUGGGUUGUAGUUCUCUCCUAAGUCAAAGGCAACAUAGAUAUGCACCUCUAGACUGUGUUUGUAAAAAUAUAUAUUUUUUCCACUUUCACAAUGCUAUAAGUGAAAAAUCAUCCUAGGACAACCAGAAGGUAAGGAGGAAGGGCAUGGAAUGAAGCUGAGACCUCCUCCACAGGCCCACCAAAGGAGUGGAACAGUGCAUUUUUUUUUUUUACCUGGCUCCCACUUAGAGUGGUUUGUUACAUCUAUUUUAGUCCUUGCCCCAUUGGAUCUAUGGCUGUCGCUCUAGGCGGUGUCCUGCCUGCCUCCUGCAAGGUAAGCUUCUAAGUAAGCCUGAAAUCUGUCUAGUCAUGGCGCAACCUUGAGAAGCUUCCCUACUUGAGGGCAGAUCUUGUUGUACAGCUUGUUGCCAUGCAGGAGAGCUCAAGGGGCUAUCUGUCUGCUCACCAUUUAUGGGGGGAGGUGAUUGAGUCAGAGUCAAAUCUUGUUCUUAGGUGCAUGCUCAACUGGCCCUCAGCUGUUGAACCAGGUGUUUGCUAUCAAUUCUUUCAGCCCCCCAGUUUUAGACAGAUUUGUGGUCAUUAAUCUGGUUGCUUGUGCAAGGCCUUAUAUGUGAGGCUAGGCUGAAGAACAAAGUUGGGAGAAAGAAAGAAAGGGGGAAGCACACCAUCACACGAGGCUCCCGGUCUUUGUGUACCGCUGCCUCAUUUAAGUCCCUCUGCGUGCUCCUCAUGGCAGUGUCAAUAGGGGGCCUGGAGGUGUUCAAGAAACAUAUAGAUUUGGUGCACAGGGACAUGGUUUUAGUGGGCGUGGUGGUGACAGGUUGACAGUUGGAUAUUAGAAGUCUUUUCCAACCUUAAUUAUUAUACGGUUCUCAGACAGCUGUAGUCAGAAACUUUGCUCGUGUGGAUUCCUGCUUAGUGUGGCAUGGUACAAGAUGUGCCUGGCUGUGGGAAGAGGAAUUGGAGAAGAGUUGGCAAAGGUGCAAAGCGAAAGGAAGCAACAGAGAAAAUAAAUGGUUAUUGAGAGGACCACAGAGUUAGAAUUGUCUCCUUUUUCUCUGCUAGAUGCAUAGUGCAGGGAUCGAUGUUCUCACUUGUGCAUUGCUGCUACCUCCUGGCACUCCUUGUGAGUUGCCAGUGCCCCACUGUGGGCCUCCUCUCCUUCCAGAGGAGUUGGCUUAGCUUUGUUUAUCAAGCAAAUUCUGUCAUAAUUCUGUUUUGUGUGUGUUUGUUUGUUCUUAACCUCUUGUGUGUGUAUUACCUCUAAAAUAUUAUAUGGACAUCAUCAAAGGAAAACCUAAA